UAAUCUUGUUCUGGAUGAUCCGACCUGGAUUCAGCCAUAUUCCCACUGAUCAGCCACACCGGCAGGCGCCUCAAACUGGCCAAAACCCGCUUGGAGGCCCCCGGUACGCUGCCACCCGAUUCUGACAGACGUCCUGAGUGCCGUCGGGUCAGGUUCGGAUCUCCUGGUUCUGUUCUCGGGCUGAUAGACCGACCAGCGGAGAUGAAGCUGCGGCGCUCAGCCUGAGAGUCGACGCUUUUCCCGACGUCCCGAUUUCUGAGAGGAAAGUCCAGAUUUACCGGAUUAAAGCCGAUGUGCAGGGCGGACAUCCGCGGGCCUCCAGGCUGUUCGGUUCACGACGCGACGGGGCUGCUCUAACCGAGCCAGAACUCAGCGACGUCCCGGCGGCUCAAAAUGUCGGGAAUGUUUUCCCGGAGCUAACGGGCUAGCUGCUGCUAGCAGCCUCGGCAGGAAGCGGAGCCUCGGCGGCGGCCCAGACUCGGUCACAAGGACGGGCGGCGGCCGUGGGAAUCUCAUCGGGAGAGAAGACCGACCUUCUCUGUUAGGAUGUCGGCUCAGGAGCGGCUGAGGCGGCUGGAGGAGCUGCUGCUGGAGCAGAGAGAGGCGGGAUGUCUGAGUGUGGAGGCGCUGGUGGACCUGCUGCUCUGCCUCUACACGGAGUGCUCCAACUCCCCGCUGAAAAGGGAGAAGCACAUCACAGACUUUCUGAAUUGGGUGAAACCGUUCACCAGCAGAGUGAAGGACAUGCGGCUCAAAAGAGACGACUUCGAGAUGCUCAAGGUGAUUGGACGAGGAGCCUUUGGGGAGGUUGCCGUGGUGAAGAUGAAGAACACUGAGCGGGUUUAUGCCAUGAAGAUCCUCAAUAAGUGGGAGAUGCUGAAGAGAGCCGAGACGGCGUGUUUCCGGGAGGAGCGGGAUGUCCUGGUGAAAGGGGACAGUCAGUGGAUCACCACUCUGCAUUACGCCUUCCAGGACGACAACUUCCUGUACCUGGUGAUGGACUACUACGUGGGCGGGGACCUGCUGACGCUGCUCAGUAAGUUUGAGGACCGUCUUCCUGAAGACAUGGCCAAGUUCUACGUAGCAGAAAUGGUUCUGGCUAUCCAUUCGAUCCACCAGCAGCAGUACAUCCACAGAGACAUCAAACCAGACAACGUCCUGCUGGAUGUCAACGGUCACAUCCGGCUGGCGGACUUCGGUUCGUGUCUGCGCAUGAUGGAGGACGGCACGGUACAGUCCUCUGUGGCUGUGGGAACUCCAGACUACAUUUCCCCAGAGAUCCUGCAGGCGAUGGAGGACGGGAUGGGUCGCUACGGUCCCGAAUGCGACUGGUGGUCUCUGGGGGUCUGCAUGUACGAGAUGCUGUACGGAGAGACGCCGUUCUACGCCGAGUCACUGGUGGAAACCUACGGAAAGAUCAUGAACCACGAGGAGCGCUUCCAGUUCCCCUCCCAUGUGACCGACGUCUCGGAAGACGCCAAGGAUCUGAUCCAGCGCCUGCUCUGCUCCCGGGAACGCCGGCUCGGACUGAACGGGAUCUCGGACUUCAAGAGUCACCCGUUCUUCAGCAGCAUUGACUGGGACAACAUCCACUCUGCGGAGGCCCCGUACAUCCCAGACGUGUCGUCGCCCACCGACACCUCCAACUUCGACGUGGACGAUGAUGUGCUGAAGAACCCGGACAUCGGACCGCCAGUGUCCCAUACCGGCUUUACUGGGCAGCACCUCCCCUUCGUUGGCUUCACCUUCACCACCGACAGCUGCUUCUCCGACCGCAGCACCAUCACCAUCAGCCGGGCGGCGCUGGGAGUUCGGACGGAGCCAGACGGGGGCGGUGGGCAGGAAGUGGAGGCGUUUGAGAAGAGGAUCCGCCGCCUGGAGCAGGAAAAACAGGAGCUGAACCGCAAGCUGCAAGAGUCCACUCAGGCCCUGCAGGCUCCGGCUCGAGGAGGAACUCUGGCCCGGGACAAAGAGAUCAAAAAACUGAACGAGGAGAUCGAACGGCUCAAGAGGAAGCUGGCAGAUUCUGAUAGGCUGGAGCACCAGCUAGAGGAGGCCGUCACGCUCAGACAGGACUACGAGAGCUCCGCCUCCAAACUGAAGACCCUGGAGAAGCAGGUGAAGACCCUGAGACAGGAGAAGGAAGACAUCCACAAGCAGCUGGCUGACUCCUUGGAACGUCUCAGGAGCCAAACGAAGGAGCUGAAGGAGGCGCACUCCCAGAGGAAGCUGGCUCUUCAGGAGUUCUCUGACCUGUCGGAGCGGAUGGCCGAGCUGCGCUCCUCCAAGCAGCGUCUGUCCCGUCAGCUCCGAGACAAGGAGGAGGAGAUGGACGCACUCCUGCAGAAGAUGGACGCCUUGAGACAGGAGAUCCGCAAGACGGAAAAGAAUCGAAAGGAGCUGGAAGCCAAGCUGGACGAAGCAAAGGCAGAGGCGUCGAAGGAAAGGAAGCUGCGGGAAAACAGCGAGGUCUACUCCAAACAGCUGGAGACUGAGCUGCAGAGCUUAAAGUCUCAGCAGGGUCGAGGAGCAGGAGCCACAGGCGGAGGAGGAGCUGAGUCUCAGCAGGAGCUGUCCCGUCUGAAGGCGGAGCUUGAUAAGAAGGUCCUGUUCUACGAGGAGGAGCUGCUGAGGAAGGACUCGGCCCACUCCACUGAGAUCAAAAACCUGCGUAAGGACCUGCAGGACUCUGAGGGGGCGCGGCUUGCUGCCAACAAGGAGCUGCUGCAGCUCCGAGACAAGCUGGAGAAAGCCAACAGGGACAGGCAGACUGAGAUGGACGAAGCUGUUGCUGCUUUGAAGGAGAAAUACGACAGAGAGAAGAACAUGCUGACAAAAGAAAACCGCAAACUGACGGUGGAGAUUGACAAGUUAUGUUCAUUCGUUGACAACCUAACAGCUCAGAACCGGCAGCUGGAAGAUGACCUCCAGGAUCUGUCUUCCAAGAAGGAGAGCGUGGCCCACUGGGAGGCUCAGAUCGCUGAAAUCAUCCAGUGGGUCAGUGAUGAGAAAGACGCUAGAGGCUACCUGCAGGCCUUGGCCACCAAGAUGACGGAGGAGCUGGAAACCCUGCGAAGUUCCAGCCUGGGGACCAGACCUUUGGACCCACUGUGGAAGGUCCGCCGUAGCCAGAAACUGGACAUGUCAGCCCGCCUGGAGCUUCAGUCGGCCCUGGAAGCUGAGCUCAAAGCCAAACAGAUGGUUCAGGAGGAACUGCGCAAAGUUAAAGCUGCCAACAUCAACCUGGAGAGCAAGCUGAAGGAGUCUGAGGAGAAGAGACGGGACGUGGUGGAACAGGUGGAGAAUCUCAAGAAGGAGGUGGAGGAGAGCCGCUCCCGCUCUGAUAAAGGUCUGAAGCUUCCAGACUUCCAGGACUCCAUCUUUGAUUACUUCAACACGUCUCCUCUGGCUCCGGACCUCACCUUCAGAGCGUCACUUUGCUCCGCCUCCUCACUGCUCGCCCUUUGGGAAGAAACCGCAGAUUUAGACUCCACCCCUGUGAAGUCGGACACCACGCCCCCCUCACCUUGCUCCGCCUCUGAGAAUGAGGAAGGAAAAGCCGCGUCGGUCCCUGACAGCCCCUCCCCCACCUUACAUAGCUCAGCGCUGGCUGCACCAAAGCCCAAAGCUCACCAGCUGAGCAUCAAAACGUUCUCCAGUCCCACUUUGUGCUCUCACUGCACUUCCCUGAUGGUGGGCCUCAGUCGGCAGGGAUACGCCUGCGAAGUGUGCUCCUUUAUCUGCCACGUCGCCUGUAAAGACCACGCCCCCUUUGUCUGUCCAAUCCCAGCGGAGCAGGCCAAGAGGCCGCAGGGCGUCGAUGUCCAGAGGGGCAUCGGCACAGCGUACAAGGGCUACGUCAGGAUCCCGAAGCCCAGCGGCGUGAAGAAGGGCUGGCAGCGAGCAUUCGCAGUGGUCUCAGACUGCAAACUGUUUCUUUACGAUAUUCCAGAGGGGAAGUCUACCCAGCCGGGCGUGGUGGCCAGUCUGGUCCUGGAUCUCAGAGAUGAAGAUUUGUCCGUCAGCUCUGUGUUGGCGUCUGACGUCAUCCAUGCUACCAGGAAGGACGUCCCCUGCAUCUUUAGGGUGACGUCGCCGCAGUUGAUCUCGCAGUUCUCCCCGGUGUCCCUGCUGGUGCUGGCGGAGAGCGAGGCGGAGAAAAAGAAGUGGGUCCGGAUUCUGGAGAGCCUGCAGAGCAUCCUGACCAAGAACCAGCUGAAGAGCCAGCAGGUCCAUAUUCUGCAUGAGGCCUAUGAUGCCUCGCUGCCUCUCAUCAAGACCGCACUGUGCGCCGCUGUGCUCGAUCGAGACCGGAUCGCUAUGGGAACAGAAGACGGGCUGUUUGUUGUCGAGGUUACUAGAGAUGUUAUCGUCCGAGCUGCUGACAGUAAGAAGGUUUAUCAGAUCGAACUUAUUCCGAAGGAGAAGAUUGUCGCUCUUCUCUGUGGUCGAAACCGCCAGGUCCACCUUUACCCCUGGGGGAUUCUGGACGGAGUGGAGUCCUCCUUUGACACCAAGCUGGCAGAGACCAAGAACUGCCAGGUUCUGACCACAGGAGUGCUCCGACCUGGAGGCCCCGCCUGCCUGCUGGCUGCUGCCAAACGUCAGGUCCAGUGCUACGAGAUCACUCGAGCAAAGCCGUAUCAUAAGAAGCUGUGGGAGGUGCAGGCUCCAGGCACAGUCCAGUGGCUCGGGAUGCUCCGGGACCGGCUGUGUGUCGGAUACUCCUCCGGCUUCGCCCUGCUGGCCCUGCAGGGGGAGUCGUCACCCAUCAGCCUGGUAAACCCGGCCGACCCGUCUCUGGCCUUCCUGUCCCAGCAGCCGAUGGACGCCCUGCACGCGCUGGAGGUCGGCUCCAGCGAGAUUCUUCUCUGCUUCAGCCAACUGGGCAUUUAUGUGGACGGACAGGGCCGGCGGUCCCGGACCCAGGAGCUGAUGUGGCCCGCCGUGCCGCUUGCAUGCUGUUCUAACUCAUCUCACCUGACGGUCUACAGCGAGUACGGACUCGAUGUGUUCGACUCUCACACCACCGAGUGGGUCCAAACCAUCUCCCUCCGCAAGUUCCGACCUCUGAACGCGGAAGGGACGUUAAACCUGCUGAGCUCAGAACCUCCUCGUCUGAUUUACUUCAGCAACGCCUCAUCAGAGGGGGACCUCACCAUCCCGGAGACAUCGGACCACAGCAGGAAGCUGAUGGUUCGGACCCGCAGCAAAAGGAAGUUUCUCUUUAAGGUUCCUGAAGAGGAACGGCUCCAGCAGAGGAGGGAGAUGCUGAGGGACCCGGAGCUCAGGUCAAAGAUGAUUUCCAAUCCUACAAACUUCAACCAUGUGGCUCACAUGGGACCAGGAGACGGCAUGCAGGUCCUAAUGGACCUCCCCCUGGUUGGUGAUCUCACCUCCCUCUCACCUUCCCCGUCUCCUUCUCCCUCCUCCUCCUCCCGUCACACCCUCAUCUCUCCCCCCUCCAACUUUGAGCACAUCUAUCACAUGACGUCGGCAUCGGCCGGCGCCUUCUUGCAGAAGGAGGCCUCCUCUUCCUCCUCCUCCCAGCAGAGCCUCCUGCAGCCUUUCUCCUCCUCCUCUUCUCCCUCCAUCUCCUCUUUGGGAAGGAGCGUGAUGCCCUCCUCUCAGGACGACCCCAUUAGAGAUAAGCCCCGCCCACUGUCCAGUAUCUCCCGGCAACAUAGAAGCAAGUCGUACAUCACUCGCACGGCUUCAGAUUUCAGUGGAGGAGCUUCAACACGUAGCGAUCCGGACCAGGACCUGGACCGAGAGCCGGACUCAGACUCCACCAAACACUCGACCCCCUCCAACAGCUCCAACCCCAGCAGCCCCCCCAGCCCUAACUCCCCGCACCGCAGCCAGCUCACCCUGGACGGUUUGGAAUUGGAGCCCUGAGCCCCGCCCCUUGCACACCUUUAGGCCCCGCCCCCACAUGUUUUUGGGGAAGGGGGGGCUGUCUGAACAGAUCUGACGGAAGACUGAGUUUAGUUUUUACUUUGAGGAUUUUAUCAUGACAGAGUGAGUCUAAGGUUACUGCUGCUUUUAUCUGGAUGAACUUUACCUUCUGGGAAGCCCCGCCCCCAUCUCCUGGUUUUAUCCCACGCUGACGGCCAAGGGACCAGUCACUUCCUGUUCUUCCACCUUUGUAUUAAAAACACUUCCCGUUAAGCUUCGGCAUGUGUUAGCCACUCACAGACAGGAGCUCUCACUCUGAGGGGAAAAAAUAGAAAAACACUGUAUUAAUUAUUUUAAAGUUUUCGUUAAACUUGCACAUCAUUAUCGUUGUUGUAGGAGAAAAAUAAUCUUUGAUUUGUAAGUGGUGAUCUUUACUCUUACCCCCCCACCUAUCUUUAAUCUGACUCCGCCCCCUUGCUCCAGUGCAGACAGGUGACAAGGGGGCGGGGUCACACCUGGACACUACUGCUUUUACUUCUUCCAGAAUCAUUUAAGGAAUAUUUGUUAUGAUAAAAUGUUUAGCAGCCAAAAACCACAAUAAACCAACCAGAAGUGA